GAGCCGCUCCUCGCUCUUGCCGCUGCCGCCCUUCCAGGCGCAAACUUCCAGUGAGGGGACCGCUCGCCGGGCGGAGCUGGACAAGCCACGCCGCUGCUUUAGCCGAGUGAGGGCAGCGCGGCUCGGCCAGGGGAAGCAGAGGCGACGCUCCCUCGCCGAGGGCGGUGGGAAGAAGCCGAAGGGGCGCCAAAAAGUCGCCUCCAACUGCGGAGGACCCGCCAAAAGAGCGAGGCGCCCGCCCCCGCCAUGCCUGGACCCUCGCCCCCUGACCUCCCUGCCGGGUAGCCAUCGCGCCGGUCCGGUCCCCUCCCCUCCGCCGGCGUUGAUUUUAUGCGUCCUGUUCCGCUGCUCACCGUUUAAAUCAGGAGGAAUUUAGACCACGUGCAGAGAACAUGGGGCUGAUGGGAGGAUCAAAAGCAACUGGGAACUGGACUAGUCAAGCAAAAAUGGACCUCUACUCCAGACUGAAUGUGCCAGGCCUUUCCAAACCGUACAGUGAUCUGCCCAUUGACCCAAAAGGCGAUCUGAAGGACAGCACCAAUUUGGUUGAGGUGCAGAUAGUUCUCAUCUGUGCCUACUGCGCUAUUAUCUUACUAGGCUUAGUUGGCAAUUCACUGGUGAUUCAUGUGGUGAUCAAGUUCAAGAGCAUGCGCACUGUGACAAACUUCUUCAUUGCCAACUUGGCAGUGGCUGAUUUGUUGGUCAACACACUCUGUCUGCCUUUCACUUUAGUUUACACAUUACUGGGGGAAUGGAAGCUUGGCCCGGUACUUUGUCAUCUGGUGCCCUACGCCCAAGGCCUGGCAGUGCAGGUAUCUAUAGUGACUUUAACUGUUAUCGCCCUGGACCGGCACCGCUGCAUUGUGUAUCAUUUAGAGAGUAAGAUCUCCAAAAGGAUCAGCUUCCUUAUCAUUGGAGUGGCUUGGGCUGGCAGUGCUAUCUUAGCUAGUCCCCUGGCCAUCUUUCGAGAGUAUUUCUCCAUUGAGCUAAAUCAUGACUUCAAGAUGGUGGUCUGUGCUGAGGCUUGGCCUAGGGAAAGCCUGGUCAAUUAUGGUACCAUCUAUAGUGUCUCGAUGCUCCUGAUUCAAUAUGUCUUGCCUCUGGUGAUCAUCUCAUAUGCCUAUAUCCGUAUCUGGAGUAAGCUGAAGCACCAUGUUAGUCCUGGGGCAGGAAAUGAUCACUACCAUCAGAGACGUCGGAAAACGACCAAGAUGCUGGUAUGUGUGGUGGUGGUGUUUGCAGUCUGCUGGCUGCCAUUUCACAUCUUUCAGCUUGUCAGUGAUAUUGACAGCAAAGUGCUGGAUCUUCAGGAAUACAAACUGAUCUACACCCUCUUUCAUGUCAUCGCCAUGUGCUCGACGUUUGCCAAUCCCCUUCUAUAUGGCUGGAUGAACAACAACUACAGAACAGCUUUCCUCACAGCUUUCCAGUGUGAACAGCAGCUGGAUUCCAUUCACCCUGAGGUGUCACCUGCACUCAAAGCCAAGAAGAACCUGGAAGUCAAAGAGAAUAGUUGCAAUGGGUUGCCAUUCUCACAACCUACAAGUGUCUAAGGGCCAAAAAAGAUGUGCUAUAGAGAUGUCCAACUGCAUCUUCAAAUCUUUUAUUAAUCCCAGGAGUAUGUCUGUGAGUCCAAAGGCAUUUAGACUGAGGCUGGGGUGGGGAUGGAGAGGGAAUCAAUAUUUUAUUGUCCUCCCUGUGCCAUUUUCCUGGUGUAGAAUGCCUCUAGCAGGUACUAACCCCGUUAGAAAAACACAUAUAAAUAAGCUAUGGAGAUGGAAGUGGGAUUGGGCAAAGAAGAAGGAUGUUUUAGGUCUUGCUCCCCUGAGGUCCUGAUCCAGAUCUCAUCCCUAUCUAGCUUGUAUUUGUAUUUGCACAAGGAGGUGUAUUCACGCAUCUCUAUCAUAUGUAUUGUUUGGACUCCAAAGAAGUGAAUCUGGACAUUAAUUUGAUCAGAUGCAUUUUCGACACAGAUAUACAUAAUUUUAUGAACUGAAGGAAAUCUGAGAAGCGUAAAGACUUUCAUUUUCAAGGGACCAGUCAUUUCUCAUUAAAUAUAAAGUCAGAUCCAAAGAAAUAUGACAGACAAACAUGAUUUAUGGUUGCCUACAGAGACUUCAGAUGCACAGACAGUAUUAAUACAAAAGAAAAGGUUUACCAUUUUUGCUAUAUUUCAAAAAGUAAAGGAGGGUUAGAAGCACUGGAAUUUGAAGGCUGAAUUGUGGACCCCACGUACAGUUACCUUUUUGGCCCAAAGUUCAAAAUACCUUCUGAUGGUGAAGGUGGAGAUUGCUGAUGAAGCUCAGAUUUGCUGCAUCUUAUUUGUUUGGUUCUGGAAAGGGGAGUGGGGUUCCUGUAAGUCAGAACACAGAGUAAUUUCUGCUGUUUCUACUUUAAUUUACAGUAAGCCAUUCAAUUUUCCAACUGAAGUGAAAACUAAGGU